GCGGGAGUCGCCGCGACGAUCACGAACCGACCGCGUCGAGACGCCCGAAAGCGUCUAACACCGGAGCCCGUCCGGAAGAUUAUGUGAUUUCCUUCGAGUGCCGGGCAAUAUCUCAGCGAAAUGUCCGCGGACACGACGUCCCUCAAGUCGACGGGCAGCAAAGUCCGGACGCCCGGAGCGGAACCGGCGGGCAAGAGGGUGGGCUUCGCCAGGCCCACCCUCGUCAUCCCUCCGCCGCAAUUGCACCGGCAAUUCGGGCCCUACAGUGCGGGUUCCUAUCCAGGACAGGCGCCCUACACGCCGGGCUCGGUGCACACCAUGAGCUCCAUGGGCAUGCCGAAGCCCUACGGCAGGAAGGCUUCGAUGUUCAUGAACAGGCAGUUCGUGGGUUUGAGGGAUUUCACCAUGAACACCGCCAAAUCGGGGUUGGGGAUUGGCGAGAAGUGCUCGGUUUGGUGCUACGGGAAGGUCAAACAUUUGAGUAAAAGGUGGUUCACGCAUUGUUUUUUGUCUAUUGUGAUAACGCUUUAUACGGUCGGCGGGGCUCUUUUGUUCGUUUACAUCGAAGGUUCAAACGAAGACGCAAUUAAAGAAAAGUACCUACACGACGACAGAUACUCACUCAUCAGAACCCUAAGGAACCUAUCGAUCAUCAUGCCAGAAAAAACCUCAGUGCAGGAAUGGGAAGGAAAAGCUUCUCUACUAGUCAAAGAAUACGAAGACAAAAUCAUAGAAUACUACCAAAGCGACACUUUAAUCAUGACCAACAGAGGGAACAAAAUAUGGACUUUAUGGAACGCCAUAGUCUAUUGUGCCACCGUUUAUACAACCUUAGGUCAGAAUUGGUGGAGACAAAAAUUAGGAAUAUUGAAAGUAUUACAAUCUUAG